AUGGACAAAGGUUCUGCACUUGUCGCGGUAAUUGACCCAGAUUGCCACGAGACCCCGCACGAGAAGACGCACAAUUUCGAACGCACCACCCUCCCCUCAGGCCCUCCAAGCAGCGGCGGAUUCCAACGCUAUAUAAAUCAACUCGCCAUCAACAACUUUGGAUUCACACUCCAAGUAGCAUGGGAGGCUGUUGGUCUCUCAUUCCAGCUUGCAUGGCUGAACGGUGGUCCUGCCGCGCUCGUCUGGGGAUCUAUGAUCGCUGGCUUCGGCUCCACCCUUGUUGCUACAGCUUUGGGAGAAAUGGCCUCCAUGGACCCCACCGUAGGUGCACAGUACAGGUGGUCGGCGCGCUUCGCUCCGUUUGCUCCUGAAUUCUGGGGGUUUAUCCAGGGUUGGAUCACAGUCAUUGCGUGGGUAUGCAGCUGCGCGGGCGCUAUCGCCUUCACGUCUAAUACUUUGUCCGGCUUGAUCAUCUUCAACAGCUCAACUUACGAGCCAAAGGGCUGGCACGCGACGAUGUUUCUGAUCGCCCUUCUCAUUGUCCCGCUGGUCAUCAACCUUUACUUGCGAAAGAUCAUCAACUAUCUGGAAACUAUUGGCGGCGCUCUCCACGUCAUUCUCUUCAUUGCUAUCGUUGCGACACUUUGCACGCUUGCGAAGCGCAGUACACCCGAGUACGUCUUCAUGACCUUGCACACAGACGCCGGUUGGGAAAAUCCCGGUGUCGCAUUCUCUAUUGGCAUGCUCGCUGUAGCAUAUCCCAUCAGCAGUUUUGAUGGUGUCCUCCACAUGAUCGACGAGACUAAAGAACCUCGGAAGCGGGUACCAAAAGCUAUGGUCCUAGCGACGUCUCUGAACGCAAUCAUGAUGAUCGCUUUUACUAUUUGUUUGAUGUUCUGUAUCGGUGAUGAAGAAGCCGUCGCGAAUUCGAUGUUGCCAAUUACUGAGGUUUUCUACUCCGCGUAA